AUGCCUGGCUUUGACUUUGGUGGCAGAUUUGAUAGCCAAGCGAACAUUGGACUUGGCGCAAAUUCGACUCUCUUAAAUGCGCUGGUAGAUGCAGGUCACAUCGCGUCUAGGACGUACUCAUACUGGUGGGGUAUCGACAAUCCAAAUACAAACGUGGCAAUGGACGGACAAAUCGUGUUCGGAGGCUAUGAUGCAGCAAAGACCACAGGACCGAACAUAACUUCCACACUGUUGAACUGGACUGCUCCCUGUCCGUCUGGAAUGUACUUGACACUCACGGACGUGAUACUUGACUUUCCAAAUGGCACAACAUCGAGCGUUCUGUCGCCGUCCAGUUUGUCAGCAUGUAUACAGCCCGACUUUCCCGUGGUGAUGAACAUGCCGGAUAAUCCUUACUAUUCACGAUUCGAGAACCUGACGGAGACUUUCGCGGUCAAUCGAACAUCCGGCAUGUACUGGUACACUCCAGCAUACGAAGUUGGUUCCGUUUAUUCGGGCGACCUCACGAUUGUGCUCAACAGUGAUCUCAGUUUCAGGGUCAAGAACGACGUACUUGUGGUUCCUGAUCAGUAUAUCGACCCGAGUGGUGCACGGCAAAGCAACAGCUCAGCAGACGUGGUACUCAUCGAUCCUCUCGACGGCGUCAAUGCAAAUGACCCGCCUAUAAUUGGUAUGCAGUUUCUAUCGGCAGCCUAUCUCAUGGUUGACUUAGACGCUCGCACUUUCACACUAUGGCAAGCAAACCCAACUACCGAGUCCAGGCUGAUCUCGGUUGGCGGGCAAUGCUCCAAAGAGCCUACUGUCAACAGUAAUGCCACAUCACCGAGCUCGAACAGUACCAGUAGCGUACCCCAGCAAAGCGGCAGCAACAGCACAACGUCCGCUGCGAGACCAGCCAGCAAAGCAUCGACAGGAACCAUCGCUGGCGCAGCGGUCGGUGUUGUGCUCGGCUUGGCACUGAUCGCUGGGAUACUCAUACUCAUACUGCUCCGACGAAAGAAGGCAAGGAAAGGCAAGGCGGCUAGUAUGGAGCGAUUGACUGUGGUCGAUGGGAAGUCAGACUCUGAAGACGCGUAUACAGGAUGGCAUCAUCUUCCUCGUAAGACAGGCUUGGGCCUACAUGAAGCUCCCGGUAAUUUGCACGAGGUGUAUGAAAUGUCGAGCAAGCAUGACCCGGUCGAGCUGGGCCGACAUGGUGACUACGAGAUAGCGGAGAUGCCAGUAGAGAGGACUCCCAAAGGCCGUUAG